GGUUGGCGGAUGAUGACUGUCCCCGUCCUGCGAACUUUCUCAAAGAUCUGAAAGAGAUGGAACUCUCUGCUUCGAAAAUAUGAUCAAUUUAAUUAUCUAGCAUUUUUGGCCCUUUUCUCACCCCUCUCUAGAUGGCGCAUCUAACAACCGAUUCCCCCCUUUCUCGUAGCAUAGUUCGUGCUUUCUUGGACUUCCUUAACUUAGUUGAACCGGCCCCUGGCGUUGAUGUAGAAGGGCUUGAGGUUGCCAGGGAGUGUUUGACAGAGGUGUUUAAGCUUAACACAUCCCCGACAGAUGUUCACACAAAAUCUGUUUCUUUGAUCGACAUAUUCAAGUCCCUUGAAUCAAACAAGCAAUGUGAAGCUGGUCAGUCAGAUGAUGGUAAACAACCAGAUGACAUGGAUGCUUCGGGGUCAUUCAGUGCCCACAAUGCUGAUCAUACACAAAAACAUUCCGAGGAUGGAGAUUGGACUCGCUGGUCUCGCACAUUUGGAGUUUCCAAAGAUGAACUGUGUGGGCAAUUCUUUAAUGCUCUGGAGAAAGUCCACUUCUUUAGGACAAAUCCUGAUGGUACUGAUGACCCAGUGCAAUUGGAGAAAGCAUCUCGUAUAUUCAAUGAUGCUGUAAUGGAGAUGGAAAGUUCUGAGUGUCAGGAGUUUAGUCUAAAGAACUUGGCUGAAUUGCUGAAAUCACAAGGUAAUAAGGCAAUGCAAUCCAAGCAAUACCUUGAUGCAAUUGAUUUGUAUAAUUGUGCAAUUGCACUUUGUGGAGAGAAUGCUGUUUACUACUGCAACAGGGCAGCUGCUUACACUCAGAUCCACAAAUAUACAGAAGCAAUCCAAGACUGUCUUAAAUCUACCGAGAUUGACCCAAACUAUAGCAAAGCGUAUAGUCGACUGGGUUUAGCAUAUUAUGCUCAAGGAAAUUACAGAGAUGCCAUUGAUAAAGGGUUUAGGAAAGCCUUGCUAUUGGAUCCAAGUAAUGAGUCGAUUAAAGAAAAUAUACAGGUUGCUGAGCACAAAUUGAUAGAAGAGCAACAUCGUGCAGAUCACAGUCAGAAUUCAAGAUCAUCUCAGGAGUCUCAGAACCAGUCGACACGAGGGUCAAGAAGUAAUGCGGCUCCUCCACUGUUUAACUCGAUGCCAUUUAAUGCUAAUGAUCUUGCAAGCAUGUUUAUGAACAUAGCCGCAAACACUGCCAGUGCGUAUCAAGGACAGCAUCCCGAGGAACAGCAAGGAGAAGAUAGCAAUACCAAUUCAAGUAAUGAACCUGAAAUAAGAAUCGGGAGCAAUAUUAAUUUGAACUUGAACCAAAUGCCCGAGGAAAUGACGGGGACUUUGAGAACUGUGAUGGAAAUGUUAUCUGGGGCAGCGCCUCCAGGCCGUGGGCAACCACAAGAUAACUUCAAUGGAAGAACUGCGCCAAACUAAGCUAUAGACAGUUUGACUGCAAUGAUUUUCACAGCCUUGUAAAAUAUUUUUCUCUUCAAUUUAAAUUAACUUGCAGCGUUAUCUUU